AUGAAUCGCCUUCUAAGAGAAGGAGAUGAAAGAGGUUUUCCUGGUAUGUUGGGAAGUAUCGACUGCAUGCAUUGGGAGUGGAAAAAUUGUCUAGCGGGGUGGAAAGGGAUGUAUCAAGGGCGAUCAAAAACGGCAACCGUUAUCUUAGAAGUUGUUGCAUCUUGGGAUUUGUGGAUAUGGCAUGCCUUUUUUGGAACACCUGGAUCGUGCAACGAUAUAAAUGUCCUUCAACGUUCACCCGUCUUUGACGACAUUUUAAAUGGUCGUGCUCCACAACUUCAGUUCACCGUGAAUGGAAAUACUUACAAUCAAGGGUAUUAUCUCACAGAUGGGAUCUACCCAAAAUGGGCUACAUAUAUAGAUGCAAUAACUGCACCUCAAACCCUUAAACAACGAUUGUUUACUACCAAACAAGAGAGUAUUAGAAAAGAUGUAGAACGUGCAUUUGGAGUGUUGUAA